AUGGUUACGUCUGAAAUAGUAGUCAGCGCCAACGACCAACUAGUCAGAUCCUAUGCUCAUCGUCGAGUGUUACAUGGGUUCACCGACAGGAAGAACAGCUACCCUUACGUGAUACGUGUCAUGUGGGAGAGCCGCCCAACCUUAUUCAUCGGCUCCUGUACGGGUUUCCUCAUCUCCAGUCAAUGGGCGCUUACCGCCGCCCACUGCCUCCGUCCAAACUUACGAUAUAUCAAAUGCGGCACGUCAAUAGCAUUGAACAAAACCAAAUGUGUAGCGAACAUUUUGAAACAAAUACCUCAUCCCGCUUUUCUACCAGUAAACAAUAUUAAUGACAUCGCCUUAUUGCACGUCGACCAUAUGGAGAUGAAUAAUUAUGCUAGACUUAAUGCGGCCGAUUACAAAACAUUAGAAGGGAGAGCGGCGCGGUACGCUGGAUUCGGAUACACUCACUACAAUAUAAAAUCGCUAAAAUUCAAAGAUAUCAUUGAACAUGAUAAGAAACCGCUUCAAAUCGGCGAAGGUGCCAUUUAUUUUGGUGAUGAAAAACAAUUGAAAGGUUUGGGACGACCGCAAAUUUUGAUCGCACCAAAAUGUUCUAACCCUAGACAACAUCUUUUUAGCGGAGAUUCGGGCGGACCGCUGAUAGUGGACAAUACGGUCACGGGUAUUGCAUGCUUUUUGUCGCCAAAAACGAUACCUAACCCUAAACAUCCAGCAUCGUUUGGUUUCACGCCCGUGAGCCCAUUCAUUGAUUGGAUACGAGAAAUUAUGGCUGGUCACUAA